UAACUAGCCGACUCGUGAGCAUUAAAACGCAGCUAAUUCGUUAAAAAUAACGAAUACAAACACGGAUAUGACAUCUUAAAUGUCUCUUUUUAUUACACACCGAGCGUUUUAAACAUUUAAAUGAGGUAAUUUCAUGUUAAAAAAAAAAGUCGCUCGUGAGCUCGCUGGUUCUGAUUAGCGCGUUAGCUUUAAGCUAACAUCACUGGAAAGCGGUUCUCACUGGUUUGUACGACAAGCACACUUAUGCAGUGUCUAUAGCAGCCCAAGAUGUUCAACAAGUCGUUCGGUACUCCCUUCGGGGGAGGAACAGGAGGAUUUGGGGCUUCAUCUACGUUUGGACAACAGAACACAGGGUUUGGUGCAGCAGGUGGUUUUGGUGCCUCUGCAUUUGGAGCCACAAACAACACCGGUGGUCUCUUUGGAGCAACACAGAACAAACCUGGAGGGCUCUUUGGCUCCAGCACGUUCAGUCAGCCCGUCACUUCGUCCACAAGCAGCGGAUUUGGGUUUGGUGCAACAAGUGGUGGUACCUCAAACAGCCUCUUUGGAAGUACUAAUACAGGAAGUGGGGGUCUUUUCUCUCAGCAAGGCAAUGCAUUCAGUGCCAGUAAACCUGCCUCUUUUGGUACGUUCGGGACUAGUACCAGCAGUGGAGGGUUGUUUGGGACAACUAACACCACCUCCAAUCCAUUCGGAGCAGCCUCGUCUUUGUUUGGAUCCUCAGGCUUCACAGCUGCCCAGCCUGGCACAACCAUCAAAUUUAAUCCACCGACAGGAAGUGACACGAUGGUAAAGAGCGGUGUGACGACCAGCAUCAACACCAAACAUCAGUGUAUCACAGCCAUGAAGGAGUACGAAAACAAAUCUCUGGAGGAGCUACGGUUAGAGGAUUACCAGGCUGGGAGAAAGGGACCCUCCAACACAGGUGGCCUGUUUGGGGCUACAGCCACCGCAACACCAAGCACUGCUACCGGUCUGUUUGGCUCCACGGGUCCUGGCUUCAGCUUCAACCAGGCCAAGCCCUCCUUCAGUGCUGGUACAAGUGGAUUUGGGGCGACUCCGGGUGGCUUAUUCGGCCAGCCAGCUCCGGCUAAUAGUCUCUUCAAGCCCUUUGGUCAGCCCACCACGACCCAAAACACAGGGUUCUCAUUCGGUGGCACCAAUACCAUGGGCCUGGCAAAUACCAGCAGCAUGGGUUUGUUUGGGAACACUGCUGCCUCACAGGCCGGAGGUUUGUUUGGAAACACAGCGAACACCAGCACAGCGGCUGGCUUCGGCACGGGCACUGGACUCUUUGGGCAGCCCAGCACAGGCUUUGGGAAUGUUGGUACACAGAAUUUGUUUGGAAACAAGCCUGCUGGUUUUGGUACCACCACAACGAGUGCUCCUUCCUUUGGCACAGGAACAGGCCUGUUUGGCAACAAACCCACACUCACACUUGGCACAAAUACAAACACUUUUGGUUUUGGUGCCAAUCCUGCUGGAGGCAGCCUGUUUGGAAACAAACCUGCUACUGGUACAUUAGGAACAGGACUUGGAGCAGGUUUUGGAACAGGUGUAGGUACAGGGACAACGUCUCUGUUUGGAAAUAACCAGAACAAGAUUGGCUCCACUCUAGGGACAGUGGGCACAUUUGGGGGACCUAGCUUCAACACAGGAAACAGCAGUCUGAACUUUGGAGCACCGCAGCAGCCUGUCGCUCUGACGGAUCCCAACGCCGCAGCUCAGCAAGCGGUGCUACAGCAGCAGCUCAACGCUCUUAACUAUUCACCUUUUGGGGAUUCUCCCCUUUUUAGAAACCCACUCUCUGAUCCCAAGAAGAAAGAAGAGCGCCUGAAGCCUACGAAUCCAGCUGCCCAGAAAGCCCUAACGACCCCCACGCACUACAAGCUCACCCCUCGUCCUGCCACGCGUGUGCGCCCUAAGGCCCUCACCUCUUCAGGUUCUGGGAAAUCUCAGCUUUUCGACGGCCUAGACGACGAGGAACCAUCUCUCACAAACGGAGCCUUUAUGCCCAGGAGGAGCAUAAAGAAACUUGUGUUAAAAAACUUGAAUGGAAGCAGUCUGUACAGCAGCCCACUGAACAGAGAGGUCGAUGACUUGAACUCUCCGUCAGAAUAUCCGCAGAACGGCCUCAGUCUGAGAGCAGAUGCAGAGGAAACCCAAGAUAUAGAGGGUGAAGGAGGAGCAGAGGAUGAUCUGCAUGUCUCCAAGUUCUAUCCCAACCCCAUUGUUAAGUCCAUCCCACACAACCAGCCCAGUCCCUCGCUGCAAGACACCAUCACCGAGCUGAACAUGAGGAGAGUCGUCAGCGUCCGUAACGGCCUGGACCUCAGCAGCGAGGAGAUCUCUUUGGGAGAUGACAGCGUUCAGGAAGAGAGAGACGAAGAGCUGGAGGCACAGAGACCUCCUCACCCAGCUGGUAUCGUUCUCACACGGAUCGGUUACUACACCAUCCCGUCCAUGGAGGAGCUGGGGAAGAUGCUGAAUGAGAACGGGGAGUGUAUUGUCGAGAACUUCACAGUCGGAAGGAAAGGCUACGGGUCAGUCUUCUUCCCAGGCGAAGUAAAUUUGACCAACCUGAAUCUUGAUGAAAUCGUGCACUUUAGACGAAAGGAAGUAAUCGUCUACCCCGAUGACAACGAUAAGCCUAACGCAGGAGAUGGCCUCAACAGACGAGCAGAAGUGACGCUGGAUGGCGUUUGGCCCAACGACAAAACCACCCGUGUUCAGAUCAAAAGUCCUCAGCGUCUGAGCGAGAUGAACUUCGAGGAACGUCUGGAGAAUGCUUCACGCAAGCAGGGUGCUCGCUUCCUGGAAUACAGACCUGAAACUGGCUCCUGGGUGUUUGAGGUCACACAUUUUUCCAAGUACGGCCUGCAGGACUCUGACGAGGAGGAAGACAUUUCCCAGGCUAAAACCGAGACGAAGAAGUUAAAAACAGCCAUCCAGGCAGGACUGCAACAAAUUCCACUGUCCCAGCAGCACCAGCAGAUGGCGCCUCAAGCUCAGAGUACGGCCGUGCUGGAGCUUCUGAGCCGUGUGCCGGAGCUGGACAGCGACAUGGCGGAUAUCACCCAGGAGCCUCCAGCAGAUGGACUGCUGUUUGAGGAGGACGACAGCGUGCUGGAGGAUGACACGAGGAUGGCUCUAAGACCAGCCACCCCUACUGAGCCAGAGCCCAUCUCUGCUUCCAGUCAGAUUGCUUCCUCUUUAGGAAUCAACCCACACACACUUCAGAUUAUGAAGGCGUCCCUGUUUGCGGGUGACGACGACUGCGACCUCUUUCACGAGCAGCUCCCUCCGAAACUCUUAGAGGUUUCGUCUCCUCAGCUUUUAAUCGGUCAAGCCCAAGCCAGGCUAUCAGUGGGUAGCCGCCUCCAGAGCAAAUUCACCUCGUUUGGAGGGCUGUUUUCCCAUCUGCCAGAGGUUCCUUUUGGAGCAAGCCCUCAAAAGCCGAGUAAACCAGAUGUCCCAGAAGCCCCAUGGCCUUCGCUGGGCACCUCCAUUAUGUUGCCUCUCCCUGUUCCUGAGGUCACUCUGAGGACCGUUGGAGCACGCAGACUGGGUGGCCCUGUGCCAAUGGCUAACUCUGUCACUAGCGGAAAAGGUCGUUUGAUGAUGGACGCAGCGCUGUACAUGGGACGGUCUUUUAGGGUGGGAUGGGGUCCGAACUGGACACUAGUGCAUUGUGGGAAUCCCCUGAGCACAUCUGAAGAGUCAAAGGAUCAGACCAAAGACGUCCUGGGCUUCGGCUUCUUGCCCAAACCUACCAAGACCUGGCAAAUCAAUGAAAGCCCUUUCAAAGUACACGUGGAGCAGGUGGUUGGCAUGGAGCCCAAGGAGAAGGCACAGAGCCUGUCCGUGUACCACAAGCCCCUCGAGAUCGGGCUCAAGCACAGCACGAUUAGCACUGAUGAUAUCUGCCCUUUCAUCCUGCCAGAGAAAGGCGUGAACGCACUGCACGAUUACGCCGAGUGGAUUGUAGAAGUCCUCAAGCAGGCAGGAGCUGGAGAUGUCGUACUCAGCCACUGGCAACAAGUGUGGACUCUGUGUGAGGCUUUAUGGGGACGUCUUGGAGAGCAGGACUUGGAGCCCGAGGUUGGCGGAGGUUACAGAGAGCAACAUGCGAGAAGACACAGUUUCUCUCGCUGGCUAUCUGAAAGCGCAGCCCAAUGCAUCCAGGAGGAAGUGAACCAGUGUAAGACACAGAGUCACGUCGAAGCCAUCUUCAGCUACCUGACUGGGCAUUGUAUCAGUGAGGCUUGCAGACUGGCCCAGAAAAAUGGAGACCAUCGUCUGUCCCUGCUGCUGUCCCAGGCGGUGGGUUCUCAGAUCAGCAGAGAUCUUUUGGCUCUGCAGCUAGCAGACUGGAACAGAAUGCAGACAGACUCUUUCAUCCAUGAGGAGAGAUUGCACAUUUUCGCUCUACUUGCAGGCAAACCUGUUUGGGAGACGACAGACUGCUGUAUAAAUGUGUGCUCUAGGCUGGACUGGAAGCGCUGUUUGGCUGUGCAUCUGUGGUACAUGCUGCCUCCUACAGCAUCCGUAGCAGACGCUCUCUCCAAAUACGAAACCGCCUUUCAGGGUUCAGAAGAGGGAAUAAAAUACGCAUGUGCUCCUCUUCCACCAUAUAUGGAUAACAUAGACCAGGAAACUUUAGAGGAGAUGGAAGAUACAGAAUCUAAUAAAACCCUCUAUGACAUCUGUUUCCAUCUUCUCAAACUUUACAGUGACAAGCACUACAGCCUGCAGCAGCUGCUGGAUCCCACUACAGUGACUCCAGAGCAGCUGGACUAUAGGCUAAGUUGGCACUUGUGGAACGUCCUGCAGGCCCUGAAUUACACUCACUUGUCGGUGCCAAGACAAAAUCUGCUCCACACUAGCUAUGCUGCCCAGCUCGAGAGCACAGGCCUCUGGGAGAUGGCUGUUUUUGUUCUCCUGCACAUCCCUGACUCCUUACUUCGAGAGCGUGCCGUGCGGGAGGUCCUGAAUCAGCACUGCACCCUGGAGGAGACAGAGGAGACCGCAGAGAAGGAACACUUCCUCACCAACAAGCUGCUCAUCCCCAUGCAGUGGAUUCAUGAAGCCAAGGCCACCCGGGCAAGCAGGGACGGAGACCGGCACCGCGAAGCACUGCACCAUUACCGGGCCGGACACUGGAACCACUGCCACCGACUUGUCAUCCAGAACCUGGCUUCAGACUGCAUCAUUAAUGAUGAUCAUGAGUAUCUGAAGGAGUUUCUGGAAGGCUUGGCAGUGCCUGAGCGCAGUGUACAGAUACAGGACUGGGACACAUCAGGACGUGUGUAUUUGGACUAUAUCCGUGUUAUUCAGACCCUGAAUACCAUUCAGAGGACGGACAGCCCGGGGUACGAGCUGGAGCGGCUACACACCGACGUCACGUCCCUGUGCAGCAGGAUUGAACUCCUUCCCUGUUUCAAAGCCAAAGACAGACUGGCCCAGUCAGAAAUGGCCAAACGUCUGGCUAACAUCCUGCGUGUGGUGCUAAGCCUUCAGCAGGGUGGAGAAGGCCCACCGGAUCCUCGUCACAUCCCCUUGUGUCAUCUUGCACCCCACAUCGGGCGCUUACCCCUGCCAGAAGACUACGCUCUGGAAGAACUUCGCAGCCUCACCCAGUCUUACCUACGCGAAUAUGUUGUUAGUCACUGAGACUAGUGACGAUGUACUGUACAGAACUUCAGGGCUUUUCUCCACACUCUAGUUUCACCUCAUAAUGUCUCCAUAACACACACACAUUCAUUCAUGAGUCAUUUUUCAUGUCUGAUUUAUAUGCUUGGAUACAGGUGUGCAUUUUACUGUGUAUUUUUUUUUGUUUGUUUGUUUAUUUUUAUUUGAGAACCCUUCAUGCAUGUUAGUGUUAUUUUUCUUACUCUCGGUGGAAUGCUUGCUAAACGUCGUUAGCUGGCGAUCAUUAGAGAGAAACUACACGUUGCAUCGUUUCGUGUCACCGGCUUUUCUGUGUUUAUCAUUUUCUAUUAAAUAUCAGCUAACUUUAAAUUUUAAUUAAGUAUUUUGCUUCAUGCAACAUUGUGCUCUGGCAGAAGAUGAUUUUUUAUUUUUUUUUUUUUUCUUUCUUUAUUCAUUUUGCGCCUCAGAGCUGCUGCGUAAUUCAUAUUGAGGAUACAACUCAAUCGAAUCAGAAGUUAUCAGUGGCUGAGAUUAUGUAAAACGUGCUGGUCUUUUUAAGGAAAUUUAUCGUUUUGAGAUGGAAUAUAUAACAUCCCUCAGUUUGGCACCAAAACGACGACGCUUAAACCUGUAAAAUGGCCGUGAAUAUCUUUAUUUUUGUAAGAUUUUGUACAUAUGCAACACAACAACACUGCAUCGUUAACUUUUCAACAAACGUAAUAUAAAUUAACGGACCGAGCUGUAAAGCAGGCGAACGUGAGGAUGUAUUUAACAAACGGGAGCGGGAAUCGUCCUGCUGCCGUUUGUUUCUCAGCAAUGUUCAGACGGCGCAAACGCUUAUGUUUUAUUUUAGAAGUGCGUAAUUAAAAGCGGUCCUGCUAUAACGCUGGUUUUCACAUAGACUUCAUUUUAAUUCUUUGCUGUAGCGUGAACUGUCUGACUGUGAUGCUUUGUCUUAUCCGCUGCUCUGUUCAUUUGACUCUGUGUGGAUGUUUGUCGCUUUCAUCCUUUUUCCUCCUCAGCAUGUUUGUGCGGAUUACUUUUCUAAAAAAAAAAAAAACAACCAAAAAAAGGCAAAUAAAAUAAAAAUAAUUAUAUUUUCUGUUUAAA